GAAUUUGCCAGCAACAACUAUUGUGCAUGCUUAUGUGCGAGAAAGAGCUAACAUGCCACCAAGAGCUGAUGUGUCACUGCAAGCUAACGUGCCACCACCAGCUAAUAUGGCCCCAACAAUGCAUCAACCGCCUACCCAACAUGGUAAAUUGUAUUUGUCUUUUCUUUUCUUUUCUCCGUUUUACACGUAAAAAUUUGAUAUUUCAAAGCCAAUUCAAUUAGAGAUAUAGGAUAGGUAAAUAUAUAGAAUUGUUUUUUAUUUGCAGGGAUGCCUUUUAUGGGCAUUGGUAUGAAAAGAAAGCGUGGUAAAUCAGGUGGUAAAGCUCUUCAGGACCUUAUAAAGGCUAACGGUGGACCUCUGCGUGUUGACUUUCAUCCAACCAUCCAUGUCCCAUCUGAUGACAUAAUUUCUAAAAUGUUUACUUCUGAGAUAGGAAUUACUGUCAGAGGUGGGGCACCAGUAUGUCAAUAUGGUUGGUCUGAUGUUGAUGAAGAUGAUAAGAGGGACCUAAGAGAGGAUUUGCGGGUGUUCUUUGUGGUGGAUCUAAGCGAUCCAGUUGUUGUUGCUUAUGUCGAUUCUAAAAUGUCCACUGCUUACUCCCAAUUCAAGUCUCGACUGAAGAAGGAGUGGCAAGGAUUUGGCUCGCCUGAGCUGGGACGAGCAAAUCUACCUAAUGCAGAUCUAUGGAAUGAGAGGCCUGUCUUGCAUUGGCACUGGCUUUGUGACAACAUAUACACCAACCGGUCUUGCAUAGAAAUUGCAGAAAAGAAUUCUGCUAAUCGUUACAUGCAGCAACAUACCCACAGGGUCGGUGCACGACCAUAUGUGCAACAUGUUUUGGCAGCCUCUAAGGAAGGGAAGGAGUUGUCGCUCAUAAAUAACUGGGGAGAGAAACACAAGGAUGAUAAUCAUGAAUGGAUUAAUGAGGUUGCCAAGAAAAAAUAUGAGAAGAUGGAGGCUGAGAGGAUUGCUCUUAUAGAGAAGUUGUACCGAGAGGCUCCCGAGGGUACUCCACAUGAUUCUAUCAAACUGACUUUGGAAGCAAGUUUCCAAUAAUGGCUAAGGAGCUUGUGAGGAAGGGUAGGAUGAUCCAUGGCAUUGGUAACGUCCCUCAUAUACAUUCCAACAUACACAGAGUAUCUGCAUGUGCUGGCACUAAUUCUGAGGUACCUGAAUUACGUGCUCUUAUCAACCAACUUACCAUCAACAUGCUCAGUAUGAAGGAACAAAAUGGACACUUGAAGGCUCAAGUAGAAAGCUUAUUAAGGCAAUCUCCUGGACAGAUGAGUGAGGAUGACUUCCCCCACCCCAGCACCAACUUCUAAGACUUUGCUUUAGUAGUUUGGGUGAGCAUUUGCUGGACUUUUGGUCUGAUGUCCCUUUUUGUGCAGUUAUGGCUUUUUACCUUGAUUAUGGUAUUGUCCAGCAAUACUCAAGUAAAUCCAAUGUGUCCCUUUUGAGAAAUGCAAGCUGACACAUAACUAAGAUGAAGAUCGGUGGUGGAUUUACUUGAGUUUAGACCUUCUACCUCACUCAAACACAUAGGACAUCUAACUUAGAUUAGUGUAGCUAGUAUAGGCUAUGCAGCUUCUAACUUUUGAUGUAUAAAUGAACAAAUUGAUUAUAUAUGAAGCAAUUGUUUAUAUCUAGUCUUCUUAUAAACUAGUGUAUGUCGUAA